GCCAAGCAACAGUACUUUUACAUUGAAAUGUGGUUGAAUAUCAGCGCGUUUAUUGCUGCAGUGCUGUGUUCGGCGGAGGAGCGCGGAGAAGAUGGCAGACGGAGCUGUCGUGGAUGGAGAGAAACUCAGCAAAAAGACGUUCGCAUCAUGUUGACUCUGGUCAGAAUAUGCAGGCUGCAAGCGUUCAGGCCGCAGACGUUUGCUCUUCCCAGCUCACAAAACCUGCCUUUGCUUAUUGAAGGAAGUCGCUGGAGAAGUGGCAAAAGUGAGCAGAAAAGGCGCAUGAAAGCUGAGAAGAAAGCAGCUGAGAAGGAAGCCAAGGUCAAAGAACAUCAGGAACCGAAGGAGACCAAUGACAAGUCACAGCAAAAUGCAUAUGGGGCCGAUGAGGAAACCUUGGACCCAAACCAAUACUUCAAGAUUCGUUCACAAGCCAUUCAAGCCUUGAAGGGAACAGCUGAAGACCCAUACCCUCACAAAUUCAACGUGGACUUGUCACUUUCAGAGUUCAUCGACCGAUAUAACAACCUUCAGCCAGGAGACCACGUGACAGAUGUCGUCCUCAAUUUAUCGGGUCGUAUCCACGCCAAGAGGGCUUCAGGUGCCAAGCUGCUGUUCUAUGACCUGCGAGGAGAGGGAGUCAAGCUGCAGGUCAUGGCCAACUCCAGGAGCUACAAAUCAGAAGAUGAUUUUGUGCACAUCAACAACAAAUUAAGGCGUGGGGACAUCAUUGGGGUGCGGGGGAACCCUGGCAAGACAAAGAAGGGCGAGCUGAGCAUCAUCCCGAUCGAGAUGACCCUGUUGUCUCCAUGUCUUCAUAUGCUUCCCCACCUUCACUUUGGCCUGAAAGACAAGGAAACCAGGUUCCGACAGCGUUAUCUGGAUCUGAUUCUUAAUGACCUUGUGCGACAGAAGUUUGUUACCCGCGCUAAGAUUAUCACCUAUCUCCGCAGCUUUCUUGACCAGCUUGGGUUUCUCGAGAUCGAAACACCAAUGAUGAACCUGAUACCUGGUGGUGCUGUAGCAAAACCAUUUAUUACCCACCACAAUGAGCUCAAUAUGAAACUCUACAUGAGAAUUGCUCCUGAGCUUUACCAUAAGAUGUUGGUAGUCGGAGGAAUCGACCGCGUGUAUGAGAUCGGGCGUCAGUUCCGUAAUGAAGGCAUCGAUCUCACCCACAACCCAGAGUUCACCACAUGCGAGUUUUACAUGGCUUACGCCGACUAUCAUGACCUGAUGGAAAUCACAGAGAAGCUGCUCUCAGGAAUGGUGAAGCACAUUACCGGUGGUUAUAAGGUGGCGUAUCAUCCUGAGGGUCCGGAGGGACAAGCCUAUGAAAUAGACUUCACUCCUCCCUUCAAACGGAUCAGCAUGACUCAAGAUCUGGAGAAGGAAUUGGGUGUGAAGUUUCCAGCUCCUGACACCUACGACAGUGAUGAAACGCGCAAGUUCUUAGAUGACCUUUGUGUUCAGAAAGAAGUUGAAUGCCCUCCUCCCAGGACAACUGCCCGUCUUCUGGAUAAGUUGGUGGGAGACUUCCUGGAGGUGAAGUGCAUCAAUCCAACUUUCAUCUGUGAUCAUCCACAGAUCAUGAGUCCUCUUGCAAAAUGGCACAGAUCACAGAAAGGUCUAACUGAGCGAUUUGAACUGUUUGUGAUGAAGAAGGAGAUCUGCAACGCCUACACCGAGUUGAAUGAUCCCAUCAGACAACGAGAACUGUUUGAGCAGCAGGCUAAGGCCAAGGCAGAGGGUGACGAUGAGGCGAUGUUUGUCGACGAGACCUUCUGUACUGCCUUAGAGUACGGCCUUCCACCCACGGCAGGAUGGGGCAUGGGCAUCGACCGCCUCACCAUGUUCCUCACAGACUCCAACAACAUCAAGGAGGUGCUUCUCUUCCCGGCGAUGAAACCUGAAGACAAUAAACCUGCAGAGGGCACAUCAGUGUAAAGCUGUGACUGACUUCAUACGAGUGAAACACCACACCUGCGGAUUUCAUCCAUCUCUGGAUUUCUUGAUUCAGUCUGAACUGUCCAAGUUGUCGUCACUUUUGAGGGUUAUAGCCUAAAUAUUUAAGACCUAUGCACUGUCCAUACUGAAGGAAAAUUUUUCAGCAGAUCUUUUAAUGUACGGCUCACAGUUUUAUGGGGAAUAGUAACCCUGCUGUCCUUUCUCUGUUACCCAUUGUCAAUUUCCUGCAUUUUUGUGACCUGGGGUGAUUAAACAUGUUUCUUAGCCAUGUUUGGAUGUUCUAUGAUCUUCUGUCCAACUGUGUUUUUUAACAGGCUUAAUGGCUGUUCAGUUGAAUCACAUUAAAUAAUGACUUGGACAAGCCAAA